UCUUCAUAUAUAACUUCUGAGUUCUCUACACACAAACACAGAGAGAGAGAGAGAGAGAGAGAGAGAGAGAGAGAGAGAGAAUGGAUCAAACUCUGAAUCAGUUUCUUACAUCCCAAUUUGUUAAGAAGGUCACAAAGUUAGUGCUGCUAGCAGUUUCUUUGUUUUCCUUCUUUUUCUCCUCCUACUCAACAUUAUGGCACUCUUUCUUCAUCAAUUCUUUUGGCUUGUUACACUUCUCUACAUUCUCUUUCAAGCUGCUAAGCCAUGCCAUGGACAAGAACUGCAUCUUCUUAAUUUGUAAUGGAAUCCUAGUGUUCCUUGCUAAGUCAUCAGGCUUCUUCAUCCGAUUCUCACCCGAAAAUGAGCUCAAAGACCCGUUACUCAACGAGACUGGAGACAGAAAGGGUUUUCGCUCAUCGGGGGAGAUGACAGGCUCGUUGCUUGAGAGAGAAGCAUCAGUUGAAGAACAAGAACAAGAAGAACAACAAGAUUCCUUGGAAGAAGCUGAAGCUUCAAACUUUACUGCAGAAGAAAAAGAGCAAGGGGAACAAAAUGUAGCGGAGCAAAAAAGAGAGGAACAAAAUGUACUUUUGAUCACAACAGCCGAGGAAGAAGAAGAAGAAGGUGCAGUGCAAAUUAUAGAACAAGAAGAAGAGAAUAAGUUAGGGGCUAUUGGGUUUGGAAUUGAAGAAGGAGGAGGGAAUGGGUUGGUAAUAAGUACAGAAGAGUUAAACAAGAAAUGUGAUGAAUUCAUAAGAAGGAUGCAUGAAGAAAUCAGGAUAGGAGCUCAAAUUCAGUCAUGAUUGAUGACUUGAGUAAUUUUUGAAAGACAUGUAAAAUUGGUCUAGUUUGCAUGACGUUUGUAACAUGGUCCUUUCUUCUUCAACUAAUGCCACCUUUCGAGUAAUUAAAGUAAUUAUUAAGUAGUCUGGAGCAUCGUCACGUGAUUUUCUGGACCAUUUUAGAACCACAUAUUAUGUAGGAUUCAUAAAGUUAGUUAGAGCCCACGAGAAUGUGCGAUUGUAGAGUAGUCCGGAGCACCACGUGGUAGUACUGCUCCCAAACUACUGAA